GUUCAUCAGUACAGUGCACACAGUGGAAACAGUGGGACCACAGGUUAUUACCACAGGAAAGUUACUGAGAUUUAGCGAUCAGCAACUAGCAAUCUACCAGUACUAACAAUCUGAAAGCACACCCAUUAAUUUUUGUAUUUUGUUUUCUUUCCUUGCUUUGAAUUAGACGGAUCGUUUUCGUCUGGUAGUUGUUGCGUCAUAGUCAUUACAUUUAUUACAUAUCAUUACUAUUACCACCAUAUUAUUUAUUAUAGGGCAUAUAUCGUAGAAUUAAUUCAUAUCAUAUUCAUAUCAUAUUCAUAUUUAUUUAUUUAUUUGAUUGUUAUAACUCAUGAAUCCGUACUUGAAUAAUCGAUCACGAGGUAGUGAUCCAACCCUUUCGUCAUCUGUUAAUAAUAAUAUUAAUAAUAUAGAUGAUGAUCCAAAUGAUGAUCUAAAUCAUUUUAUUCCUCCAACUACUUCAUUAGAAAGUACUAAUAGAGUGUUAUCUGAUUUAGAAAGAAAAUUAUCAUUUGGAUCAUCAACUUCAUCAAACCAAACUCAACAAUCUCACGCGUCAUCAAUAGUAGUUAAUAAACUGUUAACUGGGAUUGGGAAACAAACCAUUCAAUCAGCAGUUCUACAGUAUAUUAAGAAUAAUGAUAAUGAACAAGAUAAUAUAUUCAAUCCUAAUGAUUUAUAUCAAGAUCGUCAACAGAAGUUGGUGACCAAAUUUGGGAAUUAUUAUAAUGAUGAUAAACAUCAACAACAACGAGUUGAUAAAUAUCAACAACAACAACAACAACAACAACAACAACAACAAGUUGAUAAACAACAAGUAGAAGAAGUAAUAACAACUCCAACUUUACAUACAGAAAACACCAGCAUAGAAGGAAUAAAUGUCGAUGAUCCAAUAGGUAUGGAUACUGAAGAAUCUAUCGAUAUACAUCCUCCAACCAAUAAUGAAGAACAAGAAGAAGAUCUUCAACCUUUAAAGAUACGACAAGUAGAAGAUCAAGAUCUGCCCCUGCCAAGAAGACCUUAUGGAAUCUUUUUCCAUGAUGAAAUCGAAGUUCACCCUGAUGAUGAUGAUGUAGAUCAAAGUGAAGAAGAUCAAGAAGAUGAAGAAUAUGAAGAAUUAUUAUUACCACCUUCACCACCUCGAUCGCCACCUCGUGAUAUGGAUCCUAAUAAAUUAUAUGGUUUAUAUGAUUUCUCAGGUCCUGACCCUUCGCAUUUAACAUUAUCAAGAGAUGAACCAGUUUAUUUGGUUAAUGAUACUGAUAAUUAUUGGUGGUUAAUUCGAAAAAUGAGUAAAGAUGAGAGAAUAAAAUAUCAACAAACCAAAAAUAGGAGAGAACCCGAUGUAGAUCCUGAAUCAGAUUAUGAAGAUGAAGAAGAAGAUGAAGCUGAAGAUGGUAAAAUUGGAUUUGUACCAGCAGAAUGUCUUGAAACUUAUGAAGAAAGAUUAGCUCGAUUAAAUUGUUUUAAAAAUGAAGAAUUAGAGAAAUCAUCUAAAGAGAAUUUACUGGAAAUGGAUAAUUUAACUAAUAAUAGUAAUAGUAAUAGUAAUGUCAACAGUAUUAAUAAUAGUAAUACUUUAAUUAAUUCUUCACCAAUGAAUGAUAGUAAUUAUGGAUUAGGAAUUAUUAAUGAAUCAGGAUUUUUCCAAUCCGAUGAUAGUUUAUCAAGAACAAGUGGAAUAUUAUCUCGAGGUAAUAGUUUACUUAAACGAACUGGAUCUAAAAAGAGUAAUAAAUCAGUUACAUUUGAAAAUUUAACUGAUUUAGCAUUAAAUGAAGAUGAUGAAGAUGAAUCAAAGGAUAAAGAAAUUGGUGAUGGUACACCACAAACUAGUGAUGAAGAUUUAAUAAGAGAAGAAAAGAAACGGGCUGGAUUUGAUAUUGAUAAUUAUUAUGAUAUACCUCAUGAUGAUAUUCUUAAAGCCAAUAAUAAUAGUAACAACAAUAACAACAAUAACAACAAUGAUAAUAAUAAUAAUGAUAAUGAACAUAUUGAAGAAAGGAGAUCAGAAGUAUUAAGUGAUGUUUAUCCUCUGGAGACUCCCUUAAUAAUUACUAAGAAUAAUAAAAAGGCUACUAAUAUAAUAUCUUCAUUAACAAGUCCAACUGAUCUUACACUUAUGCCACCCCCUAAAUCUUCAAUUAAACCUCUGCUGCCUUAUGAUACAUUUUCAAUUGGAUCAUUUUCUCCUGAUACUCCUCCUACUAGAUUUUUAAGAGCUAAUGAUGAUGGAUUACCUCAUGAACUUGGACGUUCAGCUAAUCUGUUUACUAGUCCUAUUGAAGAUGAAGAUGAAAUGGAUGAAGAAUUAAUAUCACCUCGAUUAAAUGUAUUGAGAAGAUCAGUUAUUUUGGAUAGAUUAACCAAAGUGACUUCGGAUAUUCAAGUUAGUUUGGAUGACUUGGAUUAUGAUGAUGAAAUAAUUUCAAAACCAAAAGUCUUACCGUCUCCCCUCAUUCAAUUACAUCAAUCAGGAGAUAUUCACCAUAUUAAUGAUGAUACUGAAAAGGAAAUAGAAUUAGGAAGAGGAGGAGAAGAACAGAUCUUGGAAAAGACUGAAGGAGAUAGGAUUAGUAGUAUAAUCCAUUCGGCUUCAGUUGAACAAGUCAAAUUUUUGCAUUCGACUCCAGAACCAGAAGUUAGUUUCCAUAGCCUUCAGGAAGUAGAUCAGAAAUUAAGAUCGACUUCUACUAUAGAAGUAGCAUCUAAUCAUCACAGUCAAGGCUCUGUAUUUGCAGAUCAUAAAGAAGAAGGCAAAGAAGAAGAACAAUUAGAAGAAGAGGAUGAUGAUGAUGAGGAUGAUGAUUUUGAAAGAGAGUGUAAAGAUGAAGAUGAAGAUCAACAGGGUCAGGAAGAUAUCACUCCAUUAACAAGCAUGAAUUCUCUUAACUAUGGUGUAUCUUCAGUAUCUACACCAAAUAAAGCUAUGAUUACUACUAAACAAGGACCUUAUUCAUCAAGUACGUCAGUGACAGAACUUAGUGAAAAGCGUAAAUCGCGACCCGUUCAUGAUAUGUUCAUGCCAAUAUUGGGUAAAUUUGAUGAAUUAGCAGAAAAGCUAGCUGAAUUGGAUGAUCUUUUGUAGGAUAUAGUUAUGUUGUAUAAGUAUAAUGAAAGUAUAACUAGAACUCUAC